AUGGCGUCAGGGAGACUAUCACAAGGCUGGGAAGGCGUGAACAUUUCUCUUCGAACUGACCGUGAAAUAUAUCCGCGAACAAACAAAAUCACUGAUUCUGCUCAGUACAGGGCCGGAUUCCAUCAAUGUGCCUCGCAUAUCGGGCGCUACAGCGGAGUUAGCCCGUCAGUGAGGGCUCGACUCGCUAAACACCUGCGCAGAUCGCACGCCACCUCCACCCAGGCCACCGCCAACGACGGCAAAUCUGACGUCGACCGCGAGGGGGCGCCCGUCGAGGAAAUGAAAGAAGAGCUGCGAUCGCCUGCAGCGAGCCCCGUUGCCAUGGACACGACGCGCGAGACGAACGCCACGCCUCCUAGCGAGCUGGGUAGCGUGUCGUCGACUCACGUCAACAUUACGUCAAGUCCGCGAGUAGUCUCCUGCGAGGACCACGGCGAAGUGCCGCUGAAGGAAUACACGUGGCGGGAGCAGGCCGGACGUGACGGUGUCGCAGCUACGCGGCUAGAGAGCGGAGAAGUCGUGCUCGUCUUCCCUACCGAAGCGGGAUCGCGACACAACAUGCUUUUCAACUCUGGGCUGGCGACUCCGCCCAGCACGCCUCCCAGCUCGCCCGACCACAGGACCAAUGAGCAGGGUAGCAUGGUCUUUGCGAACGUCGAGUCAGUAUACGCUGGCCAGAGCGUUUGGCGCCCGUGGUAGAGUGCGCCAAUGUGCGUGUGUAUGACGCCGGGGCGUACUGCGCUGCCUUGCUCCCCUUCGCUUAAUUACUACCAUCUCGGCGAAAAAACAUCCAGGGACAUUUAGCACGCGAAAACACUAUAUAGAUUAUACAUUAUAGUAUAUAUUAAAUUAGUAUAUAUAUAUAUAUAUACUAACUGUACAUUUCUACGCGCGAAGUAGUGUGGCAGUGCUUAGUUCAUCCGGAAACUAAGCCGUGUGUGUGCGUUUUGUGUCAUUGUAUUGUGUUUCUCAAACACCAAAGAUAUGUGCGUACACCAUCAUGUUGUAAUCGCGCGCUACAUUUAAUAGAAACGUGUAAUAGUAGAAAUCGACGUUCAUCCUAAAUGAGAACCAUGUAAAGAUAUAAAUGUAUAUAAUAGUAUUUUUAUAAUAUUCUGUAUAUUUGAUCGUAAAAUAAACCGUAACUUUUUAAAUUGAA